AAGCCCAGAACCUUCAAUUCAUUACUUCUCAGCUGCACUGGCGGGUAGCCAGAACCUUCUUCUUUCUUCAAGUCCCCUAGGGUUUUUGCAUUACUCCAGUUUCAGUAAAUCCCCAAUUCCCGAACCCUAAUUCCAGCGAUUCAGAGCAAUGCCAAGGUAUUACUGUGAUUACUGCGAUACUUAUUUGACCCACGAUUCGCCUUCAGUGAGAAAGCAACACAAUGCUGGUUACAAACACAAGGCGAAUGUGCGGGAGUACUAUCAGCAAUUUGAGCAGGAACAAACCCAAAGUUUGAUUGACCAAAGGAUCAAAGAGCACCUUGGCAAUUCUGCAGCUUAUGGUGGUCAGCCUUACGGGAAUAUUGGUGCAGCUUACAGUCAGCAUCUAAUGUCUCAGCCCCGUCUUCCUGGCAUGCCGCAAAUGAUGGCUCCAGGGAUUAGGCCUCCUGUUUUGCCAAGACCUCCUGUACUCAGUGCUCCAGGUUACGGCUCUGCUCCACACAUGAUCCCAAUGAUGGCUCCACCAGGUGCUCCCAGCAUGCCUGGUCAAUUAAAUGCUCCCAUGAGGCCUCCUCCUGCUUUAAAUCCUCCACCAGCAGUUCCUGGCAGCGCAGCACCAAAUACUUCUAAUGGUGCCCCUCCUAUGGCUGCACCUCCGAUGUAUCAACCCAAUCCAACUGCACCAACGAGUGGAGGCUAUGAAAGUUUCAAUCCGAAUACUCAACCGCCUGAUUCUAGUCAGUAAUGUGUCAAAUUGCACCUUCGUUGGAGAAGUCUUCUGCCAUGGUUCGUGCAAAGUGGAGAUUGUGCAAUUUAACAUUUUUGUAGACCCCUUGUAUGAUUGUAUCCUCUAUUUGAAGUUGCACAUCUUAUUUGGACUGCUUGUAUUUAUAAGAGGAAUUUGUCGAAAAUGUGCAGUCAGAGACCGAUUUAAAACGUGUGGUUCUCACCCGUGUUAUUUUAAGAUAGUAUGCUGUUGGCAUUUGAACA